ACAUCCACAGGACACAGGUGGAGGGGAGGUAACCUAGGACGCACCAGAGAAUGGACGCUGGCAUGGACCUGCUCCACAGCUCUGGGGUGGAACUGGUGCAGUAUCUACAGCUGAACUACAGGGACUCCCAGAGCUGGUUCACCUUUAUCUCCAUCGCCGCCGACCUGAGAAACACUUUCUUUGUUUUCUUCCCCAUCUGGUUCCACCUGUGUGAGGCGGUGGGGGUCAAACUCAUCUGGGUGGCCGUCAUCGGGGACUGGCUCAACCUCAUCAUUAAAUGGAUAUUAUUUGGCCAGAGACCUUACUGGUGGGUUCAUGAAACUUCCUACUACGGCAAUGUAUCGGUUCCAGUGUUGGAGCAGUAUUCCAUCACCUGUGAAACUGGGCCAGGGAGUCCCUCCGGCCACACCACGGGCUCAGCGGGGGUUUGCUAUGUGAUGGUGACUGCAAUAGUGACCAGCAUCUUUCAGAAGAAGCAACACUGCAAACAAAGCUGGUGUCUCCGUGCCUUUCUGUGGGGAGCCUUCUGGGUGGUCCAGGUGUGUGUUUGUGCAUCCAGGGUCUUUGUAGCUGCACAUUUCCCUCAUCAGGUCUUCAUGGGAGUCAUCUCAGGGAUGGUUGUGGCGGAGGUGUUUGGCCGGAUUAAUGCAAUCUACAACGCAAGCUUCAAGAGGUAUCUUCAGAUCACCCUCUUCCUCUUCUCCUUCGCUCUGGGCUUCUACCUGCUGUUGAAAGUGCUGGGCAUCGACCUGAUGUGGUCACUGGAGAAAGCCCAGAGAUGGUGCGCCCGGGCUGAUUGGGUCCACAUUGACACCACCCCCUUCGCCGGGCUGGUCAGGAACAUGGGAGCUUUGUUCGGACUGGGAUUAGCUCUGAACUCACCCAUUUAUGCGGAGAGCUGCAAAGGAAAGAGAGGCCAGCAGUUCAGCUUCAGAAUAAGUUGCAUUGUGGCCUCCUUGAUCGUCCUGCACCUGUUCGACUCGGUGAAGCCCCCGACGCAGAGGGAAUUCCUGUUUUAUUUCCUCUCCUUCUGCAAAAGUGCCGCCGUGCCUCUGGCAGCGGUGGCGAUCAUUCCGUUCUCUGUGUCGCAGGUUAUGAACAAACAGGAGAAAAAAGUGCUCUAAGCAUCAGCAUCUUAAAUAUUUGCCCAUUAAUACAGAAACCACAAGCCGAAUCAAAUCAGCAUGACUUUGGCUAGUUGCACUUUGAGACAGAAUUUAAACUCAACUUGUCGUGGCACAAGGGCAGCAGGGUUGCACUGAACAGAAUAAACAUGAAAUUUAACUAGAAGAUCUGAAAAAAACCCAUGCACUGGAGGAGUGCUGAGAAUGAAUUUACAACAUUAGAAUUUACAGCAUUUCAAAUAGCAAACUGUUUUUGUAAUCUGGCCCUUGUGUUGAUUUACAUAUUGUCCAAAUCAUAUUGACACCCUGCACAUCACUGAGUGGUGGGAGUGAGAGAGUGAAUGAUUACGUUUUGUACACUCGUGUUUGCAUUUCCUGGGCCCUCGGUCAAUGAGCCUAUUUGUUUAAAGGGAAUGUUGAACCUCUCGGGAUGACCCAGCGGGAAUCUGCGGGCAUAGUGCGUUGCAGACAGUCCGUCACUCUCUGGAGUCAAUGUUAUGAAGCUUUGGUCUGAGUUACCUGGGUCAGACCUCUAGCUUCUCACUGAUGGUCUCUGAGGCAAGAACGACAGUCAGUGAUGGAACAUGCGGCCCAUACCUGCACAUUGAUCAACGGGCUAUCACAUGACAGAAGACCAGUCAGAGGCUCAUUGUUCUCUGUAGAUAGACAAAAAGAUGCUGGAGAAACUCAGCGGGUUGGGCAGCAUCUCUGGAGAAAAAGGAUGGGUGACGUUUUGGGUCAGAACCCCCUUCUGAAAGUAGAGAGAGGGGGGGGGGG